AUGUUCUCUGGGGGUCAUUGCAAAGCGGCAUUCUCUGUGUCAUAUCCGACCGACGUGUUGAAGGCAGCGGCGGCGACAGUUGCACCUAGCCUCACACCUGUCCUGGCUAACACCUCACUCAGUCAGCUUCACAGAAUGGUGGAGUGCGUUCAGCCCAUGAAUCCUCAAGAUCUCCAACAGAACCAGCCUUGUGGACAGCUGACUGUGAGACCGAGGGGUGGGGUCUGUGGCCCCAUAAGUACCACUGACUUUCAGAAAACGAGUCCUAUCCUGAUGGGAAUGUUAACUAGAACUAAAGACUCAGUACCUCCUAAAACAACUUCACAGGCCUCUGGAAAAAGGCCAUACCUGGACGACGAUGAAAUACUUCGUCGGAUUAAUGAGAAGCUUGCAAUAUUCAAAGCUAGAAUGCUGGAGUUGAGCAAGCCUUCAAGAACACCUCAGACCUCCAAAACCUCACAAACCUCAGCACCUGCUUCUCCUGAGAAUGCUGAGGUCUGUGAUCUUGAGGCCACGCAGGCCAACAAGCUUGCACUAUUCAAAUCCAGAAUGCAGAAGCUGAGGGAGGGAUCCUUUUCAAACAAGCCAUUGAACAGUUCACCUCAGACUUCAUCUACCUCCCAAACCUCCACUCCGGCCCCUGGUGUGCAUCCACAGAAUCCUGAGGUCGGGUCCCUCAGGGUUCCAACUGAAAAGCCGGAGUCACGUUGCAUCCGACCAGAGCGGCCACAGGGGAAGAUCACUCAAACAAAAAAGAAUUCUGCAGAGUAUGGUCAAACAUUGAAAGAGGAUGAAGAUAGUCCCAUGGUUCUCCAGGCCCUGUCUGGUACAGCGGUCUCAGAACCUGUUAAAGAGAACCCGAGAAUCAUCGUGCCUCGCUCUCCAGCUGAUCAUGAAUGCACUUUGGUGGGAAGAAGUUACAACAGCCAUCAGAACAUCUGCACAGCGGUUGACCCGUUGAGCAGAGUGGACUGUGUACCUGCAGUUGCAGAGUCUACAUUAGGCAAAACACCGGAAAGAAAAGCUCCGAAGGCUUCAGACCGGCUGCCAACUGUUCCAGACGCAUGGACUGCUUUUGAAACCUCCGAGCCUCAUGCCAUAUCCCGUGCAGGUCAUGGAAAUCUACUGCUGAACUUAAGCCAAACUAGACCUGAUGUUACAUUCCCAGUUGGAAGCUUCCAGAAAGUGCCUGAACCAGAAGAGCAGGAGCGCACUGAGGACCUGCAAAAGGAUCAGGCUGAAGUGCGUACUGAAAUGGAACCACCUCCUUCGGAAAGUGAGAGUUUCCUCAAAGAUCCUCAGUAUGAAGACUUGACGGACUAUGAAGAGGAGGUCAACAUUCUGCAUCAAGUCUCCCUCGACGGAACUCUGCGGGACAAACUCCAGACUCUCUGCAGACUCAACGUCGACAGAGCAAAACCCAGACGUCGAAGUAGCAGCGAAGCAGCUCACCUCAAAGACCACGACUCAAAGAGACUCAAACUAAAUCCAAAACAAAGGCAGAAACACCCGUCCCAAGAACUGCUGCCGCCACUGAUGAAGAAGACCAUCCUGGAAGCCAAGCAGCUGACGAGCGCCGCCCACCGCAAAGACCAGCCUCCCAGUAUCGAUCAGCCCCGAGGUGAGGGCUACAAGUGGAAAGACAGGUCGUCACAAGAACACACUUCUGAAGAUUGGCUGGAGCAGAUGUAUGGCGAGCGCUACCAUAGACCCCACUACUGA